UAAAGUAUGCUUAAUUUUAUCAAACUUGUCUGGGAAGGUGUUUAGCCUCAGGUCUAGCGUGACUGGCUCGAGUUAUGCGGUUUGGCUUGGGUGGAACCUUUUUUGUUAGCUUUUGAGAAAAUAGUGUGGUGGUUUUAAUACCCUUAAAGCCAUGCCAUCAUAGUCGUGGGGUUCGAUUUGCCUGUGAGCAGCCUGGCAACUCUGUAUGAUAAUCUCUAGAUACCCUAACUAGUUAACUAAUGGAGUUCCUUACGCCGCCGCUCGCUCGGCCGAUCUCGAGGGCCACCUAUGCCAAGAACUAAAUAUACACGUGACUUCACUAAAAACCAAGUUGACUGACUAACCUUAAUUCGGCUUUUGGGCAGAGCCUCAACAUCACGUGACUCCAGGCAACAGCGUCCAUAGGUACGUACCUAAGGUUGGAUCCAUCCAUUCCAACCAGUGAAUGCCUCGACGAUGCAUGCGUGGCCAUAUUAAACGGCUGGGCCAAAAAGGUGAGCCUAGCAGUGGCUCGUUUUCUUAAGACAGAAUAUUAAAGUGCUUGACUUUGGAGUGCUCGUGAUAUUUUGAGGGUAUCAACAAGUUUGUCGUGCGAAAUCAUGGCUUCUGAUGACGCCCUAGAUUAUAAGGCUCUCUUUCUACAGGCAGAGGAGAGGCGACUCCAGGCAGAAGAGCGGGCAAGACAGGAAAAGGAACGACGGUUACGAGCGGAAGACGAUCGAGAACAGGCCGAUGAGCAACGAAGGCAGGCAGAUGAGCAACGCAGGCAGGCAGAAGAAGCACGACAACACGCAGAAGAAGAGCGACAACAGGCUGAAGAAGAGCGACAACAGGCUGAAGAAGAAAGACAGAACGCAGAAGAAGAAAGACAACGGGCGGAAGAGCGUAACCAGCUUACGUCGUUUGAAGAAUUCAUCCAAACAUGUCAUAACCUACUCUCUCUACCCAUAAAGGUGCGGGAUGCCGCGCGCUCAACCAGAGGGUCAAUCCCAAAGCCAACCGGGAAGCUAUGCCCUACCUACCUUCGCCCCUGGUCAAGCCCAUUUCUCCUAGAUGAAUUAUACCGCCGCGUUAAUCACCAUUUUCAGCCUACUGAAAAGUUGUUUCCUUCUUUGGCUGAACUCGAAGCCGUUGCACGGAGAUGCAGUCGUCCACUAGGAAGUGAGAAAGACCUAGAAUUCUACGCGCACAUUGCUGUGGAACAGCAUGUCCAGGAUGUGAUAAUGGAGCUGUGCAACAAACCGCAGGCUCGAGAUCGUUUUGCUCUUGGGGAGGCAGUUGUAUUCGAAAACCAUGCGAAUGCUAUUGACGAAGACGACGAUAUGUCAGAUCAAUCAAGAGCGCGGCGCCCUAUACCGGACCAGUUUUGUGUUCAUAGAGUUGAUGAUGGCAACUACACACUACUUACAACUGUUGAAUACAAACCACCUCACAAGUUGUCGGUUGAAAAUCUUGCCGCUGGACUCCGACCAAUGAAUCUCUGGGAAGAGGUAGUCCAGCUGGAUGCUAUUCCGACUGAAGGAAAUGCAAAGCUACUGUAUAAUGCAGAACAGAUGACAGCAUCUACUCUGGUCCAGGAAUUCCAUGUGAUGAUCAAUGAAGGGCUCGAAUUUUCAUAUAUUACCAAUGGAUUGGCCUAUGUUCUACUUCGGGUGUAUGACAAUGACCCAACCACGCUUUACUACUACUUCUGCAAUCCUAAUGAAGAGGUUGAUUCGGAUACGUUAUCGAGGACAGCUAUCGCUCGAGUACUCUGUCUCUGCCUGAUGAGCUGCCGCUCACCAGUUCGGAACCAAGAUUGGCGAAAUAAUGCCAGGCAGCAACUACAUGUGUGGGAAACAAACCUCGAUUACGAAAGAGGUCGUAUACCAGAUGAUGAGCUAAAUAAAACUCCUCCGAGCUCUGAACAUGCGCCGUCUUCUCCAUAUGUGCCGUCCUCUCCGCUGAGCUCUCCAACUGCAGACAAUUACCGCCCAGUAACUCGAUCUCAGGCCGGCUGUGCACCUCAAAGCACAGCUGCACAUCCCUCAGAGCCCACAGAUUCUGACUCCGACUCCCCCCAGGCGGCUGCCGGAAGGAAGCGAAACUUAAGCCAACUAACAGCAUCGCCGCCCGGUCAACAACGGUCGCGCCAGAUGGAAAACAGGGGAAGUCAGAGUCAGGGAAGCUAUAGGGAAGAGCCGCACGUUGAGCUCUUUUGCACGCAGAAAUGCUUGCUCGGCCUUAAGCGUGGUGACAACCUGGAUAUCACCUGCCCAAAUGUAGAGAGACAUAGAUCGGUAGCCGGAGGGGACAAACACCCUAUCACCACGGAGCAAUUGGUGGGUUUGGUCAAGCAACAGCUUGAUACAACCCUUAACCGUGAUUGCUCGCCCUUUGGUAGCUCUGGCUCGUACGGAGCGCCAUUCAAAGUUACCUGCCGCCGGUAUGGUUAUACUGUCGUUGGAAAAGGUACAACCUCGUACCGCUGGAGUGAAGUAUCAAGCGAAGCAACUAUAUACCGUAUCCUCCGCGAAUUACAGGGGUCUGCAGUCCCCGUGUUUCUAGGACUAAUCGACCUUAAAAUGAUAUACUACUUACACGGCGUGGGGGCCAUCCAACAUAUGCUGCUCAUGGGUUGGGGAGGAGAGCACACAAGCGGACAUAAGCCCACUAAGGAACUCCUCAGACAAAUCAGACGGUCAGAAAAAGAGAUCCGCGCCUUAGGAGUACAUCAUGGUGACUUUCGCAGGGAAAACAUUUUAUGGAAUGAAGAGUUGAGGCGAGCACUGAUCAUUGACUUCCACCGCUGCAAACUCGUCCGACCUGAUAGGAAGAAACGCUCGGUGGACGGAAAUGGGCUCUUAGAAACCAAGAGUAAAAAAAAGAAGGCCAUCUCGUGUGGUACUCCAAUUGCUGGGAAUGUACCUAAUGCUGUUUAA